UAUAUAGGGUCUCAUAGCAUUUACUAAUAUAACAGAAACCAUAGUAAGUCCGGGUUUUCAUAGCAUUUCUUACCAACUCUUACAGAAAACAUUGUUUCAUUAGUUCUACGAGAAGGUUUUAUUGAAAACAUUAGGAAACAUAGGAAAAGUCCAAACUCAAUCUAUCUGGGUUUCAACGCAGCUCCUGGUGUUCGAACUAGUCAUUAAUGGUCGGCAAAUGGGUACUCCUUUCGGUAUGUGUUGUUCACACUUUCUUUUUCUCUGGGGAGAAGCUCCAAUCUUACGGAUAGAGUAUAUGGUCCAACUACAGAACUUCUUCUUUUUCAUUACUUCCAUGGUCGUGCCUCGUGGCACGGCAGCACCCGUACUAUUUCAAUGGUUCGUCAGUAGAGAUGUUCUCACUGGUGCCCCUUCUUCCAAUGGUACUAUAAUUCCUAUUCCUAUCUCUUCAUUCCUUUUUAUGGUCUAUCUACAUUCCAGGAAAUUCAUACGCUCCAUGGACAGAGCUCAAAGUGGAGUGUUGGUCAGAGCAAGCUGCCCUAUUCUAUUACCAGACAUAAUUGGGAGAAGCUCAUCCGCAAGAAAUGCUGUAUUUCGUAUCGUUCCCGUUCUGCAUUUCCUUCUUAUCGAAUCCAUAGGGGACUUGUCAUAUUUCUCAUCUUUCUGCGGUCUGCUCAGUUGUCAAUUCUUUCUAUCUCUCUUCUCUAUACCACGUGAUAAGUCUGCGAAGCGUGAGCGGGCGCUGCCGCGUCAGCGGACAACUAUUAACAGCCUAGCAACUCCUUUAGCACAACAAGAAGCUCCCUGCCGCUACACUAAGUUACUUGCCUGCUUGUCUGCUUGUCCGGUAACAACUGACGAACAACUAAGUAAGACGUUGUUUGUCGACUUGCCUAGUGUCUUGUCUAUCCGUUACUUGGCCAGGCUUGAAGCUCUCGCCUUACCAACGAGCCGACUGCUGAUGACUGUUGGUCACGACUACUACCAAAAAGUGCAGAUGAAUCUUCCUAUCUCACAUGGAGGAGUCUGCAUCUUUCUUUUGGGUGUUUUUCUGUCGUGCGACCCGGUGGCUUAUGUGCGACCUGUGGCCCACGCCUCCUAUUUAUUUGUUCCGGGUGGGCGGCGUGAACUCUGAUUCGAUCCGGGUAUUCAAUCCCGCCGCUGAGAUGCUCAGUUGACUCCUUAACCUUGAUAGGAAGAUGGCUUAUUCCUAAAUUGGUGCAUAAGGGUAGGGAACUUUGGAUGAACUAAUGCGAAUGGGUGUAAGCCUCGCAGCUCGGAAACACCCAGUGCUGACCACACUGAGAGAGACGAAAGCUAGGGUAAUGCCAGUUGGCGAAGUGGCGUUAAGCAUCCCUAAAGGUACGCAAAGAGAGGUCGUGAUGAUAUAAUCUACGUCCGUACCGCUCCUCGUGGAGUAGAUCCCGCAUCCAACCAACGCUUUUACCAGGGAACGGGAGAAUUCCCACUACCGCAGGCAGGCCAGCCGGGUCGUGAGCGCUGUGGGAACGGGCUUCCCAAUAAGCCAGUCCCGGACCGGGUAAGCAUAGAAUUCCAGGUAGGGCCCUUAAGUCGUGUUGGCAAAUCCAAGGGUUGUGGGCGGAUAAAAGCAGACGUGGGGACUCGAGUCAGGGCGCAGCUAAGAGAGCCAUUCCAUUUAGGGCGAGAGAGAAUGCGCGGGCGGUCAAGUGCUCCCCUACUAUAAUAGCCAUUGCCGCCAAGCCAAUUCCUUCCUUCUUUAGAGGCAGACGACUACUACUGCACUAAUUAGAUGAAGAUGAUAGCUAGAAUGGACUGGUAUAGAAUAGAAAGAACGCGAAGCGCUAUAGGGGAUGUUUUUGGGGUUAGGAGAAUAGCUUCUGAACUUUGCCCCGUAACCUUUCCUGUCCGUCUCGACCGGCAGCAGCUGGUUCUCCCCCAUCUCUCCUAAACUUCCCCCGGUCUUCGGCCCGAGCUGUAUGAGGCUCAAACUCGUCCCACGUACGGUUCAGAGACCGAGCCCCAUCCCAGCUAGAAUGGUGCGGCUUAGGUCAAC